AUGAAUGGAAGAUGCCAAAAUUCACUCCUUUAAGAUCUCUCUCCUACUAAAUGUGUUGGCCUUGGCAGAGUUAUAUGAGGAUGAAGUUAAAUAUAAAACAUCUAAAUGUGACAAAUCCAAAGCUAAAGUGUAUAAAAGCCCAAGAACGCCACCUCAAAAUUUAAAGAUUGACUCCUUCAGAAGCCUGAGAAACACAGAGAGAAGUAUGAGUGAUGACAGAGAGAACCGCAGAUUUCACCCCGAUGAACAGGAAGCAAGUGGACUGCAAGUAAUUGGACCUUCUACUGGUAAAAUAGUGAAUGAACUUUUCAGAGAGGCUAAGGAGCAUGGGGCAGUGCCCCUGGAUGAAGCCGCAAGAACUUCUGUUGAUGGCCACAAAUCUAAAUCGUUUUCUGGUGGUGGUUACAGAUUGGGGGACUCCUCUCGGAAGCGAUCGGAAUAUGUCUACGGAGAAAGCCCGCUACAAGAUGUCCAAAUUUUGCUUAAACUGUGGAGCAAUGGAUUCAGUUUAGAUGAUGGAGAAUUGAGAUCCUACAGUGACCCAACAAAUGCUCAGUUUCUGGAAUCUGUUAAAAGAGGAGAAAUCCCUCUGGAGCUUCAGCGAUUGGUCCAUGGAGGACAGGUGAACUUGGAUAUGGAAGACCACCAAGAGCAAGAGUAUAUUAAACCCAGAUUGAGAUUCAAAGCUUUCAGUGGAGAAGGGCAAAAACUUGGAAGUCUGACUCCUGAAAUAGUUAGUACACCAUCUUCUCCAGAAGAGGAAGAUAAAUCAAUUCUGAAUGCAGUUGUCCUAAUUGAUGAUUCUGCGCCAACCACAAAAGUCCAGAUCAGAUUAGCAGAUGGAAGCCGCUUAAUACAAAGAUUCAAUCACACACAUAGGAUUAUGGAUGUCCGAGACUUUAUUGUUCAGUCCCGCCCUGAAUUUGCAACCAUGAACUUUGUUCUUGUGACUUCAUUUCCAAACAAAGAGUUAACAGAUGAAAGCUUGAUGCUACAAGAAGCAGAUGUACUUAAUACUGUGAUACUUCAGCAACUAAAGUAAUUCUGCUCCUGUCAGUGCAAUAGCUUGUGGGGACAAGCAACGUGCCAUAUUUUAAAAAAUAACAACAGUGGUAAUAAUAAAUGUUUCCAGGUUCAAGAAAAA